AUGUCCGACCAGAGAUCAUAUCCAAUUCCAUAUCGCAGCCAGCUACAGGAGAAGAUUGAACCUGGACAAACACUGAUUAUUAAAGGAUCAACAGUUGAUGAAAGUCAACGAUUUACGAUAAGUUUGCACUGCAAAUCGGCAGACUUCAGUGGUAACGAUGUGCCGCUCCAUGUUUCGGUGAGAUUUGAUGAGGGCAAAAUUGUGAUGAAUAAUUUUGCGAACGGAGAAUGGGGCAAGGAGGAACGCAAGAGCCUUCCGUUCAAAAAAAGUACACCUUUCGAUAUUCGAAUUCGAGCGCAUGAUGACAGAUAUCAGAUUUUCUGCGAUCAGAAAGAAUUCAAAGAUUUCGAGCACCGCUUGCCACUCUCUACCGUGUCUCAUCUAUCAAUUGAUGGCGAUUUAUAUCUUAAUCAAGUGCACUGGGGUGGAAAAUAUUAUCCUGUACCUUAUGAAAGUGGUAUUUCACAAGGUUUGAAUGUCGGCAGAACGCUAUUAGUAUUCUUAUGCCCGGAAAAGAAGGCAAAACGCUUCAAUAUCAAUUUGUUAAAAAAAAAUGGUGAUAUUGCACUGCAUUUCAAUCCUCGCUUCGAUGAAAAGUCAGUCAUUCGCAAUUCUCUUCAAGCUGGCGAUUGGGGUCAUGAGGAAAAAGAAGGUAAAAUGCCGUUCGAGAAGGGCGUCGGGGCUGAUUUGAAAAUUGUCAAUGAAGAACAUGGAUUCCAGAUUUUUGUGAAUGACACACGAUUUUGUGCAUUUGCACACCGUUCCGAUCCUCAUGAUAUCACCGGUUUACAAAUUCAUGGUGAUGUCGAACUUACAGGCAUACAAAUUCACUGA